GAGAGCGGCGCCGCCCGAAGAACAGCUGCCGAAAGGCCUGUCGGGAGUUGUAGGCCGAAAGUGAGGCGGCCGGCCGAUAAAGAGAGAAGGCGGCAAGGAAGCAAUGCUUCCCAUCGUGCACCGCGACGGCCUUCUUCCUCCCCCCGCCCUUACCUCCUAGGAUGGAUUUUACUUGGUUGCCACUAGCAACGGUUGGUUUCCGCGGAGGGAAAGGGACCCCAAGGGGUUCGCCAGGCCCCAGCUUGGCGAAGGUGAUAAAGCUGUGGUUUGGGAUUUAAUGACCUUUUUAAAGAAAGCGGAUCGCAGCUUCUAGAAUCAGGCCCAGCUAUCUUAAUGCGAAGACUUUCUCGUUGUUUUCUGUUUUGCACCCCUAAAGGGACGUGUAAGCUUUGCUUGCUUUGGAGAUAAUUCUGAAUUUAGAGAGGUUUUAAGUUUUUCCCCCUAAACGGAGACUGAAGCUUUUCUGCCUUCCUCUCCUCGAAUAUUUUUCCAGAUAAAAAGUGGGACCGUCCCACCAUCCCAUCUAGAGCCUAGUUUGAAAGGCUGCAGAGCCCCGUCCAAUCUCCUUUAGCUCUCAGGACCCCAGAAAGAAAGUUACUGAUCUGAUUUCUUAACGUAUUUAUGGGUUUUCUGCUUACCAAGGAUCCCAAAGCCACAGGCAAACGGGGAAAAAAACUCAGUUUCGGUUGAAGCAUGUCAUUCAGCCAAAAGAUGCUACAAGUAUUUUAUCUGUUGUCUACAAGGCACAUUUAGUAGGCUUCUUCAACAUGAAGGCAGCUCAUGUGACAGCAAACAGACAUUCAGUAUUGCCUCCAAUCCUCCCCGAGACUGAGAAGGAAUUUCUGGACAGCAUCCAAAGUUACAUCAUUUCAGAAAUUGAGAAAGUGGGCUGUACCGAGCAAGGACCAGCUGAAGAAUAUUACACAAUAUACAGAAAUGUGUUUGAGAUGAUAAUUGAGCAUGUCAAUGCAUACAAGAAUAUCUUGACAACCAUCAAACAGGAGUAUGAUGCCUUCAUAGAAGUGUUAAAGAAGGGCCAAUGGAAUGCAUUUCAUCUUCAUGGAAAAUUAAAAAUGUUAGCAUGUGAACCUUCCACUCUCAUGUAUUAUAAGAAGAGAAUUGUUCAACUGGAGGAGAAGGUGAAAAGAAUUGAGAAAAACUCUGCAAGAAUUGAGAACUUAAUAAAGAAAAUAAGGACUUUAAGGGUUACACUUUCUGCACAGCAGUCUUCGACUCCAAGCAUGAAAAUCAACCCAGCUCAGAGAAUUCCAGGUCUCAGCCUGAAAGAUUCCCUUGACAUCAACGCUCUUUCUAAUCAUCUUGCUCAUCUACAGAAGCGGGCCAAGGAACUGAAAGAGGACAUGCUGACAAAAUAUAUUCCUCUGGAGAACACGGCCCAUGUGGACGAGGACCUGAAACGGGCCCUCUCCCUGCGAAAUGCAGCAGAAAAAGAGAAUGAAGACCUAAAGUUUUGCUAUUACCAACUAUCGCAGUUUGCAAAUGUCGUGGCUGUCUGGGAGACCUCUGACAGGAGUGUUGAAACUUUGCAGCAGCUUGUCUCUCAAAUGAUAGAAAAUGAGAAGUUUUCAAAAGGUGCAGUGGCGGCCAGCGUCUCAAAUGUAUUUGAACGCGACCCUACCAAGAGCAAAGAGGCUGAAGAUCUCAUUGAGUACAUUGAAAGGUUCAAUGAACUGUUUUCACGUGGUCAGUAUGAGGCCGCAGCAAUAUAUGCAGCCAAUUGUCCAAGAGGAAUCCUCUGCAAUGAAGAAACCAUGGAGAAAUUUAGAGCUGUUGGUCCCGUUAAAGGGAAGAUGCUUCCUUUGCUCAUGUACUGUGAAGCUCUCGUAAACACAAGCAUUGCUAUUAAGGAGCCUCUUCCUGCAAACUUGACCGCAGAAGCCAUCAAAUGCGCCUUGGCUGAGAAACGGCUAGACCUGGUAAUGCACUGGAUCACCCUGCACAAACUGGAGUUGUCAGAGGCGGCUGGUGAUGCAAUUUAUGACUAUGCAAAGGUGGAUAAGCACAAUAAGUCCCAGUGCCUCGCUUUGGCUCAGAUUGCCUAUAGUCAGUGUGGGAGCCACAAGAAAGCUGUUCUGUGCUUGUGCAAACAGGGGCAGAUAUUCGGAGCUCUGGAUUACCUUCAUCAGUUGAAGCACCUUCCCAGAGAGGACUACAUCUUCCUCAUGAAGAACUGUCCUGGGGUACAACUCAUCCGCUGCCUUACACAAGAAUGGAAAGGGAAGCCAGCGCCCUUGUCCCUCGGGGAAACGGUCCUCUCCCUCAUCAACACAGAGCACCGAGUCUACAGCUUACGACUGUUGGAGGAGAUUGCCAAGGAAGGCAGGAAUGUUUUAGCACAGAUGAUUGUAAACGAUACAGUCUGCAGUGUGGAAGAAUGGAAGGAGAUUGCUGAAAUCUGCCUACAGAGCGGGAGAGAAAAAUUAAGCAAGCUCCUCAUCUCAAUUCUUGCUGAACAGGAAGGAGUGGUUGAAAUUCCUGUCGAUGAUGUGGAAGAUGCCAAGUUAAUGGAUCACGUUUUCUUGUAAUGUCCGUACAAAGCACAGGGGGGUGCUCUUUAUCCUGCUUCCGCUGGUUGAACUAAGUGAAACAACCUGUACGUGUUCUGUUUAAAAACCUUGACAUAUUUAAUACGUUUGUACCUGUUUUAAGUGAGAGUAUGUGUGCAUUAUUUCACAACACAACAGUGUUACCUGAAGUCAGAACUAAAUGUGCAUUCAUAUUUGGAUACAGUUACCCUUGUCUUGUCUGAUGUAAAAGUCAUGUUGAUUUUAUAUGCUCUAUGCACAGCAUAAAUGUUCUCACUUCACUCACUAAAAAUUGGGUUUCCUCAUUUUAUUCUACAGCUACCAAAGUAAAAAAAUUGUCCUCCAGUUCCUGUUUUUAAAAAAGUCUCCCUGAAUCCCAUGGCUAUCCUUUCUAUGAAAUUCUGAUGAGUUCAGAAAAUGUACCUUUGCGUACACACAUACCUUCUCAGGAAUACAUAUGUGUGAUAGAGUUUGAUGUCUCUUCAUAGAGAACUCUUGAAACAAGUGCUUGAGGGUGGAAUCUAGCAAGUAGAUAGUAACAAGUUGUACCUCGGUAGUACUUAAAACUUUACUGCACGUAGCCAAAAUGCUUUCCUAACCUCACAUACACCAAUUAGUAAUUUAUGAAAUUAAAUGUAAAUUGAUGGUAUACAAAACCAGCUAUUAAAAAUAG